GACAUGUGAAAUAUUUAAUCUCAAGUGCCUGUAGAAUACGACGUUUGAAAAUAGGCUCCUAUUGUUCCUCAUUUAGCGUAAACAGUCACAGAGAUCACAACGCACUCAACACGCCGAGCUCUCUAUCUAAAGAGAGACGGUGUUUGUUAGUUCCAUUGUACCAAUUGCAGUCAUGGCUGUGGCAAUUACAAACGAAACAUUGCCAAUCGUGGAAGUUAAUACCACUGAAGACCCGACGACCACGAACCCGCCACUCUACUCUUACCAGGCCCGCAUUGGCUUUGGUUCUUGUUGGCUCAUUAUCGCCAUCCUUGGACUGGUAGGGAACAGCCUCGUGAUCUUGUCGGUCAUCUUGUCCAAGAAGCUCCGCACAGUGACCAACGCCUUCGUGGUCAACCUCAGCGUGGCCGAUUUCUGGACCAGCCUGUCCUACCCGUGGGAGGUGGUUGCCGUACUAAGUCAGGGGUCUUGGUCGUUUACAGAAGUUCCAUGUGUCAUCGCUGCUGUGCAGCUUUAUACCGGUCUCGGAGCGAGCCUUUACUCACUGGCUGCCAUUGCUCUAAAUCGUCUGAUGUUGAUUACCCAGUCCCCCGAAACAUAUGGACGUUGGUACUCCCCGGGGAAAGUCUCCAUCAUGAUCGCUUUGACCUGGGCCAUUCCAUCAGUUGUCUUCUUCUUGCCACCAAUUGUCGGCAUUGGCGCGUUUGGCUACGAUCCCACAGACAACACAUGCUCUGACAAGGAUGCACACCCCCGUGGCCCAGAAUACAACCUGGCUCAAUCUCUUGGCCUGUACCCGAUCCCCAUGCUUAUCAUCAUUAGUGCUUACACUGCACUGUACAUCCAUCUCAGACGUCAUUUCAAGAAGCAGAAGCAGAGACGUGCCGAGUACAGUGGACCGUCUCAGAGCUCUGGGACCGCAGCGGCAGAGUCGCCCCCCAGUUUCUCUGUCGUGACUGAGUCCUCUGCAAUGCCCUCCAGCGACCGCGCUAGACGCAACCGACGCAAAAUCAGCCGUCAGCAGCUGGCCAUCACCAAGAACCUCUUCAUGGUCUUCUGCGUCUUCUUCCUGUUGGUCUCUCCUUAUUUCAUCUCCUUGGCCAUUCCAACUAGUCGUCCGUUUGCCCUCUAUGGACUGACCAUCAGUAUGCUGAAUAGCUGCGUGAACCCCAUCAUCUAUACGGCCAACCAUCCUCACUUCAAGGGAGUGCUUCGGAGCAUUCUUUGUUGCCGCUACUCGCAGAUUCCCGAACCAUCCGACUGGCUGAAAUCUGUCUUGUCUCGAAGGCAAUAAAAAGAAAGAUUUUCCUGACAGUUUUCUGAAGAGAAGAGGAGGUGAAUAUUUUCAUUAAGACAUCAUUGCAGUUUUACUUUCUCUCAUUUUAGGAUGUGACCUAUCAUUCUUACCCUCCUUCCUAUACAAAACGGCGAAAGUGACAUUAAAGGACUUGAUAGUGUUUGGACUUGGUUUUGCGAUAAAAAAAGAUUGCGUGUUUCAUAUAAACCUUUUACAUCUGCAAAAUCAACAAGCUCUCUCCGGGCACAGGGUAAGUCAUGUACCGAUUGAAACUUUUGCAUAAUUCUCCCUACAAGUUAUCACUGAUAAAAUGAUCCUCGUGCAUUUUGUACAUUCAUGAAUUUGCCUGAAGACAAGAUCAGCAAUAGCCUAUUGUCAAGGGAAAAAUUUAAACUAUAUGGAGCUUAUCAUCGCAUGAAUUUUGAAGAAAAUAUCAUAACCAGUGCUAAUUAUGUUAACGACGGACACUUUUUGAUGCUGGCGAGAUGUUCAAAUUCAACAGUGUAAAGAAGAGCUAAAUAACUAAUACACACGCACAAAAGGCCCAAUUCAAAGCGGUUCCCGUGGUAUGUGUUGGGGAAGGAUAAAAAAGCUGUGGAGUAGAGUAGCAAAUCAGAUGUACAUCUAAGCUAAUGUUUGAUCUUUAAAAAGGGUAUUUCUGUUGCCCCCGUGAAUAAAGGGUGCCGUUCAAACCUCGACAGUCCUACGAGGACGUGGACGCAAAUGAAUUUUUGUACCCUUUCAAAGGCAAUUAAACGUUUUUAACACCGCUGAAAAUAAUAAGUUUUUUGAGGGCUGAUUUAAUUUUUGUCUAUGAUUUUUUAAAAAUUAUUUUUACUGUUAAGUUGAUACCUAACUCUACUCUCGUAUGCUCUGUGGCAUUAUAAUGGAUAUAAUUACACUCAGUCGGUUUGAUGGUAGUUCGUAGGGGGAUAGACUCAGCUUAAACAGUGUAACAUAUUGACUUUAGCAUGAUGUCCAAAGUUCCUGUCAUUUUAAAAUCAUGACAUGAUAUACAAGCACUGCACGCACGCCGGCUUUAUGUAGAAACAGGGUCCAUUCCCGUAAAUUUGGCAGGCUGCCAAUUAUUUGCUUAUAAUAAAUAGCCCAAAUCUGGCUUUUUGUUACGUAGAUUCCUUGUAGUAACUUAGACAAUUUAUGAUAAAUUACCGGUAUUCAAUACAGGGCGAUAAAUGUCAUUUAAGGCCAAAAAAGUCUCCGGUUUCUGGUCAGGAGCUAGCUCCAAAAGUGAUAAGGCGACGCGGCUUUUUUUAACCUCACUUUUUUUUUUCUGGAAAUGAUGAACGUACGCGCGAUGUCCAUCGCGACUACGUGCGCUGUAACGCCGGCCGCUACCACAACUAAAAUAAACUGACCCCACAAUCUUUACUGUGUAAAAACAUUUUCAGCUUGUACACAGGACAUAAGACCACCUCGUUUGUCUGGUUCCCAGAUGUAAAUGUAUGAGACAGAGAUGACGUCGUUGAAAAAGAGUGCCAGACUAACUGUAUGGGGAACUAGAGGGACUCAUUUACUGUACAUAUUACCCAACGGUGCCCCCAUCAAAAACAUGUUUAAAUUACGCAGUAGCAAGAUUCUAGUCGAAGAAGCAAAUUUUGCAUAUUCGCGCGCGCGCCGACUAGAAACCAGAGACUUGAACAGUAUUUGCGCUAUACCGUGUAUAAAAUACUCUUUAAAUAUAGAACAGAAAUAGUAAAUGCAGGGUGUCCACAUAAAAAUACAUGUAUCGAGAUUAAAAUCACUGUAGUGGCAAAACUUCUUUAUAUGUGCGAAAGAGAAAUAUAUCUGUAGAAAGGGGAAAAGUCCUCUUUGCAAUGCCUGUGAUGUUAUUGAAACAGGUGAGAGAACAAACUAGACCGAUGUUAGAGCACCUCUAAGGACAACAUGUUUUG